CCGGAAGUGUCUAUCCCACGUGUUUAUAAAUUGUGUAUCGGAAUAUGAUGUGACUUGUUAUCGUUUCUGUAUUCGUGGAUGUUGUGAAGUUCAUUUGUAGCAAUGAACGUGUUAAAAUCGAAUUUGUCUAUUGUGAGUAAAUACGAAGCAUUCUACACUGGCGGUCGGAUACAGGUGAGCAAUGACGGCAAGCACCUGUUCUGUCCUUGUAGCUCCAAGGUAACGAUACUGGAAACUGAGACCGGCAAAGUUGUCAAAACUAUUGGACAGGAUGAGGACGAGGAGGUCUCCAGCUUCUGUGUAUCACCUGAUGAUAAGCAUCUGGUCCUGGUUACUCGGACGCUGCUGCUGCGACAGUGGGACUGGCAGGCGGGGAUGCUCGUCCGGACAUGGAGGGCUGUCCACACUGGUCCAGUGUCUAGCAUGCUGUUUGACGGGACGUCCACUCUGCUGGCUACAGGGGGCAGUGAUGCCACCAUCAAGGUGUGGGACGUCGUGGAGCAGUACUGCACUCACAACUUCAAGGGCCACCAGGGCGUGAUCAGUGUGAUGGCAUUCCGGCCGGAGUCAUCUCAAGUCCAGCUGGUUUCGGCAGCUGACGACUACAAGGUCCGUGUGUGGGACCUGGUGACCAGUUCUUGUGUUGCCAUCAUGGACAGUCACUACAGCCUUAUCACCAGCCUCGUCUUCUCCGCUGAUGGCACAGCCAUGUACAGUGGUGGUCGUGACAGCAUCUUGGUUGUGUGGGACAUGGAGAAAUUGGCAGUCAGGAGGACGUUGCCAGUGUUUGAGAGUGUGGAGUCUGUGAUGCUGCUGCGGGAUGACCGGGACUAUAGUGACCUUGACCUUCCAUCUCCAGACUGUCCGCAUGUCCUUGUAGCCAGCAGUAAAGGCAAUAUACGUGUCAUCAACACCCUGACAGGACGGUGUGUGCACAAGAAGGAAGCCAUCACUGCCACCGCUGCAGAUGAAGCAGACGAUGACCAGGUGGUCACGCAGGCCAUACACGUCCCAGCCAUCGACUCUGUGGUCAUCGUCACAUACGACCAGAACAUCAUCUUUUAUGAUGAGCAAAACCUUUCUGUCUCCAAACAAUUGUCUGGCAGUGCUGACGAGGUGCUGGAUGUGCAGUUUGUCGGCGAGGAUGACACACACCUGGUUGUUGCAAGCAACAGUGCCAAGCUGAAGGUGUUCAAUGUGAGCACGUGGGCGUGUCAGAUCGUGGAGGGGCACUCUGACAUUGUGCUGGCUGUGGCUGUCUAUGCUAAAACAGGCCUUGUGGCUACCAGCUCCAAGGACUCGACAGUGAGACUGUGGAAGUUUCUGCCUGAGACAGGGAGUCUGUUUUGUGUUGCUGUCUGUCAUGGCCACGUCCAGGCUGUCAGUUCAGUCGCCUUCUCCAGAAAAUCCCCAUCAUUCAUAGUGAGUGGUGGUCGAGACAGCACUCUGAAGUUGUGGCCAAUAGAAGAUGCUUUCAGCUCUGAUGGGCUGACGGAACUCACAUGUCGGGCCACAGAGCGGGGCCAUGAGAAGGAUAUCAACUGCAUAACUGUCGCACCAAAUGACAAGUUCAUUGCCACGGGCUCCCAGGAUAAGACAGCAAAGCUGUGGAAGGGUUCCAAUCUGUCUUUGGCCGGGGUGUUCCGAGGACACUCCAGAGGGGUGUGGUGCGUCCAGUUCUCACCUGUAGACCAGUGUUUGGCCACCAGCUCUACCGACGGCAGUGUCCGCAUCUGGAGUCUGUCCGACCUCUCCUGUCUGAAGACCUUUGAAGGCCAUGAUGCGUCCGUCCUGAAGGUGGUGUUUGUCUCAAGAGGCAUGCAGCUGCUGUCUGUAGGGUCUGAUGGCCUGCUGAAGCUGUGGACCAUCAAGACGAACGACUGCGUGAAGACGUAUGAUGAGCAUGCCGCCAAGGUCUGGUGCGUGGCCUGCAGCCAAGACGAGGAGAGGGUGGUCACGGCAGAUGCAGAGUCCAACAUUAUCUUAUGGAAGGAUGUGUCUGAGCAGGAAGGUGAGGAAAUCCUCCUUAAGCAAGAACAGCAAGUGCUGCAACAACAAGAGUUAUCUAACCUGAUCCAUGAGAAGCGGUACCUGAAAGCUAUCGGGCUGGCCAUCACACUGGAACAGCCAUACCGAGCUCUGACUGUCAUGAAGGAAAUCCUGUUUGAUGUGGAUGGUCAGAAAAAACUGGAAGAGACUUUGUCCAAACUGCGGCCUGAUCAGAUAGAUGCCAUCCUCCGGUUCAGCGUUGCGUGGAACACCAACAGUAAACACUGUCACCUCGCACAGCUUCUUCUCCGUGUUGUGCUACAGACCCUCUCACCUGCCGACAUCUGCGGCCUCCCCAACAUCCGCUCCACCGUGGAGGGAUUGCUGCCCUAUACAGAGCGACACUUCCAGCGACUCACUCGGCUGUACCAGCAGUCCCGCUUCAUCGAGUACACUUGGCAGUGCAGCCGCACGGUCGGAGCCAGCCCCACUGCCCCACACAGUUCACAGCCCGAAGCCUUGGGAGAAGACGUGCUUUCCCAAGAGAGGGUUAGAGCAGUUGGAAAUAAAAGGCAUAGGUCAAGGUCAAACUCAGGUUCAGGGUCAGACUCAGACUCAGAUUCAGAUUCAGCAUCUGAAACUAACGAAAACAGAGCUGAUGUGACUGAAGACUUGUCUCACAGUGAUGGAGAGGAUGAGAUUGUACAGGGAACAAAGGUCAAGGUUACACAGAGGUCAAAGCAUGUUGAAGCAUACUCCAAAACUAGUUCUGAAGUGGCACCUUUCUCUAAAGUUCCAUCUGAUAAGGAGAGCAGGAAAGAUCAUCACAAGAAAGGAGAAAUGGCGGGGUCGAAGGGAGCCAAGAAGAGAUCAAACUCAGCAGGCCAGGUCAGCCAGCAGGAUUCACCCAGUAGCAGGAAGAAGAUGAAGAAGAAUGCUUCAAAGAAGGGGUCUGUGACCUUACAGACUGACACAGGUGACUCUGUCCAUGAUUCCCCAAGCAGCAGGAAGAAGAUGAAGAAGAAUGCUUCAAAGAAGGGGUCUGUGACUGUACAGACUGACACAGAUGUUUCUGUCCUUGAUUCCCCAAGCAGCAGGAAGAAGAUGAAGAAGAAUGCUUCAAAGAUGGGGUCUGUGACCGUACAGACUGAAACAGAUGUUUCUGUCCUUGAAAGAAAAAAUGGCAGAAAAUCUAAGAGUGAAUCCAUUUCAGGACAGAAGAGUAAAACUACACGACAGCGACGCAGGCAGAAAGAGCUGGGCUGAUAUACUGCAGUUGUGUGGAUGGAGAGGGUGCAUGUCGAGUGUGAAUGUUGAGUGCAUGUGGGUAGCCUGUAAAUAUGCAGAUAUGAAUAUUGUAUAAUAAAUGCUGCAUCUAUGGUAAUAAAUAUAGCAAUGAUUCCA